AUGGCAAGAGAGUCGGGAGCCGAGUUCUUGAUCAUGGAAGGGUCAAGAAUCGGUGUGAGAGUCCGGUCAGGGUUACUGUGUGUUUCCCUGGCGCGGAUAUCACGCUGCGGCCUAAUGCCAAAAGAUAAUUAUACAUACAUUACCCGAAAACCGAGUUUUGCAAAAAGCCAACCAAACUACUCCGGUCUUCGACUGUUCUGCCUCCUGUUCACAGGAUUCUACUCCGAGCUACCUAAACUAGAUGAACGCCUUCACCCGGGCACUACAGUCCAUCGCGGUACCCGGUUCAUCCUCCCAUCUAUUGGCCUUACUGGCGCACCAUGCCAAUGUCUGGUUGGAUCCCAUAUCGUCAUAUGGUACCAUACUCGGCCAAGGCAGCUGACCAGGUUAUCCUCCGAGUCUUCCUCCCUUCAUGCACAGCCUCCACGCUGCCAAUCCGGUUGGGCUCUGACGUGCGAGAAUGCGCUUGACUACACCUUCCUAAACAACAUGUGGUUAGACACGCCACAUGUUCUCAGUACUUAG